AUGCUUACCAGCUGCACCACUGAGCCUUCAAAGUAUUUUAAAUAAUUAACAAAUGAUUAAUAUCUGAAGUGUCUACAAUUUAUAUAGACAUUUAUUUAUUUUUUUAUUAGUUAAAGCAAAAAAAAAAACAUAAAAAAAUAAAUAAGCAUGCAAAUUCAAAAUUACUAUUAUCUAAAAACUAUUUCAAUUUCUUAAUAAGAAAAUAAAGGAUAAUUAAUAUUGAACUACUGA